UAAACAGGCUGGGUUUCCCGCGCAUUCGUACUUUCCUAGUGUGAUGUCGUCAAGGCAUAGGAUUGAUAUCGGUGAAUCUAAGCCCAGACGGUCAAGCACCAUCUACGCUUCAAGCAGUCUGGUAAAUCUUUGUCCUUUGCAGCAAGCAAAGCCUUUAUUCAAGUGCACUUUUUAUUGAAUCAGAAAGUAAACUAGUUUCCUCUGUCGUACUUAGUCAAGUAAUUUUAUAACCCAGUUCAUAAUUGUAUCUUGGUGUCAAAUAUUCAUAUUUGGUAGCUUUUUGUAAAGAAUGUGAUUUAGUUUCUCCGUUUUUAAUGCGCUCAACACUACACCAAUAAGAUCUUAUUUGUGGUUGGGGUUUUCGUUCAUAAUGUUAGUAAUCAUCGUUUACAAUGACUACUUAGCCCUUUUGUAGUUUUUCAGCAAAUGUAUUUACUAUAAAUUUCUCGCAUCCUUUUAUUGAAGACGAAUAGGCUUCUGUAUCUUUUUUGAAUUCAGUAAACAGUUUGCACAAGCAAUGUAGCGGAGGUAUCAAGUUUACGUGUUUCGCUUUUUGUUAGUACCUGUCUCAUCGACAUAUUCUCAUCUUAUUUCGCAUUAUUACUGUAUUAUUGUCACAGGUUUUCUGAUGGACCGGAUAAUCAUACACGUGAUCGCUCACGCUCCCCAGAUAAUCACGUCAAAGUUAAACAGAAUGCUUCAAAUAAGUCUCCAUUCACAGCACAAACAAAUCCUUACAACGGCAAAUCAUUUAGUGCCAAAUACUUCGAACUUCUGAGGAAGCGUAUCAAAUUACCUGUUUGGGAAUACAAAGAGAAUUUUUUUCAGACAUUAUCGGAGAACCAAGUCACUGUUUUAGUUGGUGAAACAGGUUCUGGAAAAACGACCCAAAUUCCUCAGUGGUGCCUGGAAUGGGUAACUGGACGGUAUCCUACCAAAAAGGCAGUGGCCUGCACUCAACCUAGAAGGGUAGCAGCUAUGUCUGUUGCUCAGCGUGUUUCCGAGGAAAUGGAUGUUGAACUCGGUCAAGAAGUAGGAUACAGUAUUCGAUUCGAGGAUUGCACGUCCUCAAGAACUGUGAUGAAAUACAUGACUGAUGGUAUGCUUUUACGUGAAGGCAUGUCUGAUCCUUUGCUCGAGGCAUACGGUGUUAUUCUCUUGGAUGAAGCCCAUGAAAGAACUUUGGCUACUGAUAUUUUAAUGGGUCUACUUAAAGAAAUCACAAAGCAAAGAUUAGAUUUAAAAAUAGUUGUCAUGAGUGCGACUUUGGACGCUGGAAAAUUCCAAGAUUACUUUCACAAAGCACCUCUUAUGACCGUGCCCGGUAGAACUCAUCCAGUGGAGAUAUUUUAUACUCCAGAACCAGAACGUGAUUAUCUCGAAGCGGCUAUCCGUACUGUAAUCCAGAUUCAUAUGUGCGAAGAGAUCGAGGGUGACAUAUUACUGUUUCUGACGGGACAAGAGGAGAUUGAGGAAGCAUGCAAACGUAUCCAGAGAGAAGUAGAUGGGUUGGGCCCGGACGUUGGUGAACUUCGUUGCAUUCCUCUCUACUCUACCCUUCCACCAAAUCUUCAACAAAGAAUUUUUGAAUCUCCUCCUCCAAAACGUGCAAAUGGGGCUGUUGGUCGAAAGGUUGUAGUGUCCACAAAUAUUGCAGAGACAUCCCUCACAAUUGAUGGAGUGGUUUUUGUUAUUGACCCAGGUUUCGCAAAGCAGAAAGUCUACAAUCCUCGUAUUCGUGUUGAAUCUCUCUUAGUCACUGCUAUCAGCAAAGCUUCUGCACAACAACGUGCCGGGAGGGCCGGGCGUACAAGACCUGGAAAAUGUUUUAGAUUGUAUACAGAAAAGGCAUAUACAAAUGAGAUGCAAGAGAACACAUAUCCAGAAAUUCUCCGGUCAAACCUGGGUACUGUUGUCCUCCAGUUGAAAAAACUGGGAAUUGAUGAUUUGGUGCAUUUUGACUUUAUGGAUCCUCCCGCUCCGGAAACUCUGAUGCGUGCUCUAGAGUUAUUGAAUUAUUUGGCAGCCCUUGAUGAUGAUGGUAACCUAACCGAUCUAGGAAGUAUGAUGGCUGAGUUCCCACUUGAUCCCCAAUUAGCCAAAAUGGUUAUCGCCUCUUGCGAUUACAACUGCUCAAAUGAAAUCCUGAGUAUCACUUCAAUGUUAUCAGUACCUCAAUGCUUUGUACGCCCUGCCGACUCCAAGAAAACUGCAGACGAAGCCAAAAUGCGUUUUGCUCACAUUGACGGUGACCAUUUGACUAUGUUAAAUGUAUAUCAUGCCUUCAAACAGAAUCAUGAAGAUCCACAGUGGUGUUAUGAUAAUUUCAUAAAUUUCCGCUCAUUAAAAUCUGCUGACAACGUUCGGGUACAAUUAUCACGUAUCAUGGAUCGAUUUUCUCUUCGUCGUUCAAGUACAGACUUCACUUCUCGAGAUUAUUACAUUAACAUUCGAAAAGCUUUGGUAUCUGGCUUUUUCAUGCAGGUUGCGCAUCUUGAACGUACUGGACAUUAUUUAACUGUAAAAGACAACCAAGUGGUCCAGCUUCACCCCUCUACAGUAAUGGAUCACAAACCGGAAUGGGUGUUGUACAAUGAGUUCGUCCUUACAACAAAGAAUUACAUACGUACAGUGACUGAAGUAAAACCAGAUUGGCUUGUGCGUAUCGCUCCUCAAUAUUAUGAUAUGUCUAAUUUCCCUGAUUGUGAUGCUCGACGGAUACUCGAACGAAUUGUUCACAGGAUUCAAAAUCGUAAACUUCAACAAGAUCAAAAGCAAAGCCAAGAGCCGAAAUUACAAGCGCAAACUUGAUCCAUGUUCACACAUUCAGAUAUCACCACUACUCUUGAUUUAUAAGAUGUGAAGUAGUCUUGAUAACCAUCUUUGUAUUUUUAUUGACUUCCUCUGAAUUACCCACAUUCAAUGAAAGAGGUCACUCCGCAUUUCAAGUGCUGUUGUGUACAUUUUAUCCAGGCAACAAUAAAUAAUAUCCAGUUCAUUUAUUUCUUGUAAUUUGUUAAUGCGAAUUGAAUGAGGAUGGGUGAUUCAUUGUUUAUAUUAGUACAACAAUUAAGGUCUUAAUUUUCCGUCUAAUAUUGAUUGUUUCCCCAAAUCAGACGUGUAAAUGUAUAAGCUAGAACUCACAAUUUAACUUUUGUAAUUAAAAGUUAUCAUUGACUGAUAAUUAAGAAUACAAACACA